GACCGGCUUACAUGAAGAUCCGGUUCUAGAACUUACACUAUGGCCAAGACGGAGAGUCUGAGACGAACGUUGAAGCCAGUAAUAGAGAAGAAAAGAAGAGACCGAAUCAACCAAAAUCUGGAGGCGCUGAGGGCUCUGCUGUUCAGGAGCACUGCAGAUACACGUUUACAAAACCCUAAGCUGGAGAAAGCAGAAAUUUUGGACCUGGCUGUUCAAUAUAUACGAAAGAACACAUGCAGGAGGGCAGAUAACAAAGUGAGUGCUACUCCUGCACACCAGGAAACAACACGAACUCAACUCAAGGCACCAAAACCUGUCUAUGGAACACAUCCCCAUCAGUGUGUCUCUGAGUUCACCUCCUACAUGAGCCAGAUGAACCCAUCUGAGAGGGAGACCGUUCUUCAGAGUUUGGAAUACUAUCUGGACAGUCAACAUGAACGUUUUGGCAAAGCUGGGAGUGAAACGGACACAAAGUCAGCCAGCGCUCUGACAAAGCUCAGCUCAACAUCAUCCCAUCGCUACAACCAAGACCUAACCCUUCCUGAAUCAUUAUUACUGUGUUAUAAAUCUACCAGUCAAAACAGCAUUGGCUUUACUCCAUCAGCUUCACCAAAUCACCUCUCCCCUCCACCCUCUCCUCUUCUCUCCUCCUCCACUUCCUCUUUCAGCACCUCUCCUCCAUAUUCAUCUGUUCCCUGCCAUCUGCCUUUUGCUCCUUCUGGGUCUCCUCCCUUCACCAAACCUCCUCUCACUUUUUUUGCAACACCAUUGUCUGUCUGUAGUUCUGUAAACAUGCCUCACGUCUCCAGAGAUCUCCCCACACCACCCUCUUCCAGUCUGGAUACGAGAGGAGUUUUGCUGCCUGUCACUGCUCAGUCAACGUGGAGGCCAUGGAGCUGAAAUAUCUACCUUUGGUAUCUAAUUGAACACACAACCAAGCCAACUUGAACCAUCCCUCUUAAAUGCUUGGGACCUGCUGGUGGGUCCAGGCUUCACGUGCUCACCCCUACAUCUCAGCCAGUUUGCACAGUUUCCUGUGCAAUUACUGAAUCAUAAGCUGUAGAGUGUUACAAGCGUGGGGUUAAAAAUGUGGCGCUCUGUGGGACCCCUGUUGGACAGAGGUUGAGAAUAAAGGGGGGAGACUUUUAAUUGUACUGACUGCAAAUGUCUUAAACACUUUGUUUUUGCAUUGCAGUGCUACAUCUAUUUAUUCCAAAGUGGUUCUAUAUGCUUCUGUAUGAAUCCCUACUACCUGCUUUUCAGUUCAUCUACACAGAAAGCUAAUUUUAUACAUCAGUGUAUAUAUUUGUAAAUACUUAAUUUUUUUAAAUAUUCCAGACACUAUUUUCUACCUUUCCACUUAUGUCACUGUGUAUUUCAUGGAAAUGAUUA